AUGACGAUGAGGCUUUUGGAUUUGUUCAUAACCUCGUCGAUACCAGUUGCCAAGAUUCUGAUGAUUACAGGAAUUGGAUUUUACUUGGCUAUGGAUCGUGUUAACAUUCUCAAUCAAGAUGCUAGAAAGCAACUCAACAACAUAGUUUUCUAUGUGUUUAGUCCUUCACUUGUUGCAAGCAGUUUAGCUGCGACUAUUACAUACGAAAGCAUGGUGAAAAUGUGGUUCAUGCCAAUCAAUGUGUUGUUAACAUUCAUCAUUGGUUCGUUUCUUGGUUGGGUUGUUAUCAAAAUCACUAAACCUCCUCCGCAUCUCCGUGGCAUCAUUGUUGGUUGCUGUGCUGCUGGGAAUUUGGGAAACAUGCCACUCAUCAUCAUCCCAGCUAUAUGUAAUGAAAAGGGAAGUCCUUUUGGAGAUUCUGAGAGUUGUCAGAAAUUUGGACUUGGUUAUGUUGCACUCUCAAUGGCGAUUGGAGCCAUUUACAUAUGGACUUAUGUAUACAACCUUAUGCGGAUGCUAGCACAUCCUGCUGGAGAAAUCGCAGUAAACAGUACCUCUUCUACAAUGCCACUGAUUGCUCCCAAAGUUGAAGUUGGGGAACAGGUUGGGACAUGGAGCAAGGUCAAGCAAAGAGUGUGUUCUGCAGCAGAGAAAAUCAAUCUACGAACAAUAUUUGCUCCUUCAACUAUUGCAGCGCUUAUCGCACUUGCGGUUGGGUUAAAUCCUAUACUAAGGAAGCUACUAGUGGGCAACACAGCUCCACUCCGCGUGAUUGAGGACUCAGUAUCUUUAUUGGGGGAUGGGACAAUUCCUGUUCUGACUCUGGUUGUAGGAGGAAACCUUCUCAAAGGUCUGAGAGGUUCAGGAAUGCACAAGUCAGUCAUAGUAGGUGUGGUGGUUGUGCGUUACGUUUUACUGCCAAUAUCAGGUGUUUUAAUAGUACAAGGAGCCCAUCACUUUGGUUUGGUUACAUCUGAACCGCUCUACAAGUUUAUUCUUCUGCUUCAGUAUGUCGUUCCACCGGCAAUGAAUCUUGGUACAAUCACUCAACUAUUUGGGUCAGGAGAAAGCGAAUGCUCUGUGAUUCUAUUCUGGUCUUAUGCUUUGGCUUCGGUUUCUCUCACUGUCUGGCCAACAUUCUUUAUGUGGCUUGUAGCCUGAA